CGUAUCUAACGUUAUUUUUAAAACUAUACGAAAGUUUAUUAAGACAUUUAUAUUUUUUCUAGUUCGAGAGAAACGUCAUCUCCGUAAUAUCGAAGCGCCAUCUACUUCCUUUCGAAUAAAACAAAAGUAAAUGCGCGGGUAACGUCUACUUUAUUGAGCAUCUCUGCAGCGUUGCACUUGUUGCAUUAGAUUGCGAUAUUAAUUUCAUUUGAAAUUCAUUUAAGUUGAAUCAAUUUAUUUCUAAUCAAUAUGUUCGAAGCACGUUUAGUACAAAGUGCGAUCCUGAAGAAGGUGUUGGACGCUGUAAAGGAUCUUUUAUCUGAAGCAACAUUUGAAUGUUCUGACUCUGGAAUUCAAGUACAAGCUAUGGACAAUGCUCACGUUUCUUUGGUUUCACUUAAUUUAAGAAGUGAUGGUUUUGAUAAAUACAGAUGCGACAGAAAUUUGUCCAUGGGAAUGAGCAUUGCAACAAUGUCCAAGAUAUUAAAAUGCGCUGGUACAGAAGAUACUGUAACAUUGAGAGCAUGGGACAACCCAGAAGUCAUUGCUUUUGUUUUUGAGUCACCAAGCAAAGAAAAACUUGCUGAAUAUGAAAUGAAACUUAUUAAUAUGGACCAAGAACAUCUUGGUAUUCCUGAAACAAAUUACUCUUGCGUAGUCAAGAUGCCUUCCCAGGAAUUUGCUCGUAUCUGUAGAGAUUUGAGUCAAUUUGGGGAAUCGAUAACAUUUGCCUGCUCUAAAGAAGGUAUUAAGUUUACAGCGUCUGGGGAUCAUGGAACAGCUAAUGUCAAACUCGCACAAACUGCGGAGGCAGAUAAAGAAGAAGAUGCAGUAAUUGUUAACAUGCAAGAACCGGUUAAGUUAACAUUUGCUUGUCGUUAUUUAAACUGCUUCAUAAAGGCGAGUCCUUUAUGCGCACAAGUACAACUUUCGAUGUCUAGUGACGUUCCAUUAGUAUGCGAAUAUAAGAUUGGAGAGAUUGGUCACAUUAGGUAUUACCUGGCACCUAAGAUCGACGAGGAUGAUAAUUAAGAAAAACCCCACCAAAAAAAAAAAAAAAACCUGUCAUAUUAUUCUAUUUUGUACAUGCCUGUAAUUAUCACAAUGAUAAUGGUUCUUCCUUUUUUACAUAGCUUGAUAUUUGUUGUGUAUUUGUUUUUCCUUUUUUUUUUCUCUUUUUUCCAAAUUCUGACAUGGUACCUAUAUAUUAUCGUCAUUGUAUUUAUUUUUGUAGCUUCAUAAAUUUUUUCGUUUACUAUAUAUAUAUAUAUAAAAUAUA